UCCCCGAAAUGAACCUCGUUGAGGGGAAUAACGGAAGCGUUAACGUUUACGUUAGCUAGGCCGGCUGGAGAUGUUUUUAUUCACCUCUCUGGACUUUGUUUUCGUGUCCUCGGUGAAGCAGCGGUGUCUCCUGCUCGUCCCCCUCCGUGUCCGACCCGUACCGCUCCAUCUUUCAGUCAACGGUUAACUGACAAAGACCUUUUAAACGGGUCUACUGCAUCACAGACUAAACCUAACAAAACAACAACAUGAAACACAGCAGCACAAACUUCACUGCAGCCUCCCCAAGCUACAAAGCUAACUGCCGUCACGUGACGAGUGGCACCGGACCGGAAGUAUGACGCUAAAGGGAAGCAUCUUAUCCCCGGUCCUGACCAAAGUCUAUGGUCCUGACUGCAGGUGCAAAAACAAACUGAAAGUUCUCUGAAGACAAGGGCCUUUUUGUGCAAAUGGAAAAUCAUAGGACUCACAUGCUAUGGAGGAGAGAAAGUGAGGGAUCACAGCAAAGGAUAGGGCUGUUCACAGGAAAAGAACAACGCAGAGGAGCGGACUGAAGUCAUCGUGAGCUGGAGAUAAGCACCAGACGAUAGAUUGGACCAGACCGGACAGGAUACCUAAACAUGGAGAAUGAUAAACCAGAUACACAAGACAAGACGGAGGAAGUGUCAGAAGUUAAAGAAGAAAAUGUGGAGGAGGCAAACCUAGAAAUUGCUCAGCUGCAGGGCCUGGUGGCCGAGCUGCGCGAGGGGCUCCAUAAUGCCCUGACGGAGUUGUGCGAGCUGCGUCAGCGGGAUCACGGUCUGGAGGAGAAGCUCCAGGCCCAUCAGACUGAUGUGGAUGAUAAGAUAAUGAGUCUCAAGAACUCACUCAACACUUUCAAGGAGGAGCUGAAUGUGGUGUUUUUCCACAUAAAGGAUGUAUCCAGCAGACAGAGAGAGGUGCAGAAGAGGAUAGAACUGUUGCAGACAGAAAACACCAAAGAUAUCCUCUCUGUUUCACAAAGAGAGAGCUCCAAGGCAGAUGUGCUAACGGCAUCAGGGGAUGAACACAUCUGUGUGCCCAGUCAGUCAGACCUUGGUGUUAUUCAACACUUCUUUUCCAGUCUGCCACAUAGCGGGUCACCACAGAGGAGCACCACAUCCACACAGACCUCCACCUCUGAUCAUGAGGUUCAGCAGCAGCAGAGAGGUUGUCCAUCCAAAUUUCCAGCAUGGGGAGAGAGGAAGAACAGCAGAGAUGACACAGAGACACCCAACAGCACGACUGAAAACAAUAAGAGACAGAGAGUUGCUCUGGAGCUGCUGGAGUCAGAGCGAGUUUAUGUGUCCCACUUAUCUCUGUUACUGAAAGCUAACAUCUCUUUCAAUGGAUCAGAAGCGCUCACUCCCAAAGACAAACGUCCAUUUCCCAGCUCUCUCAGGUUUCUGAUCCAGCAGCACCUUGAGCUCCUCCAUACUCUCCAGGAACGUGUGCUCAAGAGCCAGUGGCAAGGCAUCAUGGGGGAUGUGUUUAUGAGGCUCACCAGCAAAGAGAGUGAUUUCUUGGACUUUUAUGUGUCCUACCUGAAGGAGCUUCCGGACUGUCUGUCAGUCGUCACCAUGCUUUCCUCCAGCUCUGUGAAAUCUUCUGCCUUCCUGGAGAGUGACAUAACGGGUGACGAAUCCAAACCCUCCCUCUACACUCUGCUCCUUCAGCCGGUUCAGAGGAUCCCUGAAUAUCUGCUGCUGCUACAGGGGCUGUUGAGGCAGACAGACGCAGAGCACCCAGACUACUUCCUGCUGCUGGUGUGCAUCCAGCAGUUCAGGUCCUUCACAGCUCAGUACCACAGCCUCCUCCAGCACAACCAGGAGCUUUUGCUGCACAACCGCAAGGAGGUGAAGAGGUCAGGAUUACCAUUCAGCAUUACACACAUGCUUAAGAGGUCUAACAUGAAACAGCUGUUAAAGACAGUGGAAAGUGGGAUUCAAGCUAACAAUAUUGGCUCACCGUACCCUUGCAGCAGUACCAUGCUAGAACAUGCUAACCAGGUGAGGCGGAGCAAGCAGCGUCUCCUGGAGCAGAUCCAGUCUCAUCGUUUCCAGGACUGGGAUCGGGACCAGGAUCCCGAAACUCAUUGUUACGACACAGAGUGGCCCUCCCAGCUCCAGUUCUUCAGCCCGGACCUGGACUCACGGAACCACAAACCAACAGGGAUUCGGCAGAAACAGACGUGCAACCCAUGUCACUUAAAUGCUUUUGGGACAAUAGCCCCACCAGUCAACCAGUCAACCAACCUUUGGCUUUCAGGUCUUGGCAGUAUCCCAGAGAGUGAGGCAUCUGAGAGGACCAUGUCGUGCCAGCGUCAUCUUCCCUCCAGACCCGCAGACUUCCGUCAUGUUCAACCGGGCUCUGCUCUGGCCGAUGCUCUUGGAGAGUUUCUUCUCCCUCCGGAUCCCCCAGGGAUGGAGAGCCUAUAUGAAGAGGACGGAGGCUCCUUUCAUGAUGUCCCCACGUUCGACCGCUGCUCCUCUGCCUCUUCAGAUUCAUCUAUCGACAUUGCCUUCGUGAAGUGCCCCAAAGCCCCCUCAGCUUCACAUCACACAAUGGCAGCGAAUGUGUCGACAACUCGCGACAUCUUUGGCAACAGUGGAAGCCAGGGGAAUGGUUACAGCAGACUGCCCAACCGAGGGUGCGUGUCUCCGGAUGAAGCUGUAAUGAUGCGUCACAAUCAGCAUCGCCCCCUUCAGGCCAGCCAGCGUAAAAGCAAGUCACUGAACGGCCUGCAGAUGGACAACACAGUGAGUGGCCUGGAUGGUGGUCCUCUAUCAGACCACCUGAAUAGGGCAGGACUAGGCAGCCAUGCCAAGCUGGAGCGCCAGGGCAGUAAGGGCAGCAAAGGGUGUCCCACGCCAUCCCGGAAGGUCCACAGUCCCCUGGGGAACAGAGUGGAUACUGACAAACAGAGUGACGAUCAUCAUGGUCUGCUCAGCAUUGACUCCGGGUUCCCAUCGUGGGGUGACGAGUCAAAGUGGAGGGGCGGGGCAGAGGAGAAUAACCACACAACCUUCAGUGAGAGGAGUCGGAAGCAGGAAAAGGGAGGAUUCAGGAGCUCAUUCAAGAAACUCUUCAAGAAGAAGGGCAGUGAUGAGAAGAAAGAGAAGGGAGGUGAGAAAACACCAGAAAACCAAAACAAUGGUGAACAUGAAUCACCGGGGAAAACUCCCAAACUGGUACAUCUGGAGAUAAACCGUGGCACAGCUGUAUGAAUACUACUUUAUCACACACACAAACACUGUCACAGACUGAUCAAGAUAUAAAGUGUACUACACGCAUGUUUAAACGUUCACACAAACUGAAGAAGUGCAACAUGUGGUUGCUUUGUUUUUUUUACAUUUACAACUUCUAUAUAAAUGCUGUACAGGUAUAAGCCAUUUAGCAAAGCAACAUUUCCUCUGAUCAUUUCCAAGUGUAAAUGUGAUUUGUAUUUGAAAGAUGUUUAGAUGAAAAAUGUUUGCUCAUGUUCACUGUUAUUUUGGCAAUCCUUUAACUUCAUUAUUAUAAAGAUAAGCUCUACAUGUUAUUAGAAAUAAGCCUUAGAGUAGCCUGGUUGAGGGGGUGGAGGAGGUGAAAUGCUGCCUUUUAUUUGUUUAGAGCAUGUGGCCAGGAAGGAAUUACAAACUGUACCUUUAAGUAGCAAAUUCAACUUUUUUGUCAAUGAAAAUGUGGUUACAAACCUGACCACUAGAUGACAUAGUUUGACAUUAUCGAUUCCCCAUACUGUAAAUAAUUCUUCUUGUUCUUCAGUUUAUAAAAAAAUUAAUAAAAAAAUAAGAUAACUAACUCACAUCUUUUCCCUUUUGUCUUUUUAGAAAGGUGUUUCUUUACAUCCCAAUUUUUGAAUCUGUGCAAACAUAAUAUACAGCCUCUUUUUAAUUUGCAGGCAUUCCUCUCUUUGUCUUUCAUUAUUGGAAUUUAUUAUUUUUCACCAACCCAGCAGGCUCUGACACUCUUUAAAUGGGUUUCACUCUGGUCCAGCUUUAUGUCAGUCAGCUUAAUGUCUUAAGCGUAUAACCAGAAAUUAUUACAUUGUGCAUUUACUCAGGAGAGCAAACAUUAAACUGUUAUUUGUGUAGGUUUAUAUGUUUAAGCAUUUUGUUUAAAUCUGUGACAACUAUUUCUAUGCAUUGAACAGAACUGUUUUGUUAAGAGAUGAAUGUGACAAUGUGUCAAUCAAGAGACAUUAAGAACGUUCAAUAAAGCCAAUUGUGAACAUAAA